GCCCGGGCUCAGCCCCGUCCGGCCCCGCCGCACAGAACGGGAUCUCCCGAUGCGGGUCUCCAGGUGUUUGCCAAGGCCUUGCUCCGGUGUGCGGUUGGCGGGGGAGGAGGACACCAGCCCUGGGGCGCCGCUGCUCCGUGAGCCGUGUGCCCGUCUCACGUACUGCGCCGGCAUGGCAGUAAGGGGAGUUUCUCUGUCCUGAAACGUAGGGAGCUGGGAAAGAACUUCUUGAUUGUCAGCCCUGAGCACCUGCUGAGGCAUGCGRUGCAUUUCAGGCAGGGACACAAGCCAUCAAAAGUACAGAGCUAUUCUGAAGAAAGAGAAGAGGAAAAAAAAGCGGCAGGCGCUUGCCAAACUAAGGGACUCAGAAGCUGCAGAAAAAGAUGAAUCUGUGUCUGAGGAGGAAGAGGAGGAAGUAGAAGAAGAGGAAGAAGAAGAGGAAGAAAAAAAACUUGAGGCAGAAAGACAAAAACUACAUGAGCAGUGGUUGCUGAGAGAAGAAAAGGCCCAAGAAGAGUUCAAGCUAAAGAAAGAAAAAGAAGAAGCUGCAAGAAAGCGUCAAGAAGAAGARGAGAGGAAGAUCAAAGAAGAAUGGGAAGAGCAGCAAAGAAAAGAGAGAGAAGUGGCACAGCAGAAGCAACAGGAGAAGAAGGAGAGAGAGGCAGCUGUGCAGAGGAUGCUGGAUCAAGCUGAAAGCCAGCUGGAGAAUGGUGUGAGUUGGCAUAACCCUGAGCCUCCAGAGAAUCUGGGAACAGAGAAGGAUAGAGCAAAUUGCCCAUUUUAYAUUAAAACAGGUUCCUGCCGAUUUGGAGACAGGUGUUCUCGCAAGCAUAACUACCCCACGUCAAGCAAGACACUGCUCGUGCGUGGGAUGUUCAUCACUUUUGGCAUGGAGCAGUGCCGGAGAGACGACUAUGACACAGAUGCCAGUCUUGAGUACAGUGAUGAGGAGACCUACCAGCAGUUCCUGGAGUUCUAUGAGGAUGUGCUCCCUGAAUUUCAGAAUGUGGGAAAGGUGGUUCAAUUCAAGGUCAGUUGCAACUAUGAGCCUCACCUGCGAGGAAAUGUCUACGUCCAGUACCAGUCGGAGAAAGACUGUCAGGCAGCUCUGGCUCUGUUCAGUGGACGAUGGUAUGCAGGCAGACAGCUUCAUUGUGAAUUCUGUCCUGUGACGAGGUGGAAAACUGCUAUAUGUGGCUUAUUUGAAAGGCAGAAGUGUCCAAGAGGGAAACACUGCAACUUUCUUCAUGUUUUCAAAAAUCCAAACAAUGAGUUUUGGGAGGCCAAUAGAGACAUUCGUAUUUCUCCUGAUCGGACUCAUCAGUCAUCUAAAAACUCUGAGAGGAGAAACAGAUCGAGCCAUCGUGAYGACUAUUACAGCCGGUCCAGGAGAAGGGGCAGCCCCAGCUCAGACCAUUCUUACCGGAGAAACGGAGAAUCRGAGAGGAAAAAGAACCGCCGCAAAAACAAAAGGCGGCACCGGUCGGGGAGGUCGAGAAGUCGAGAGAGGAGGAGGUCUCACAGCAGGGGCAGGAAGAGGAGAGGCCGCAGUCGCAGCAGGAGUCACAGUCGGACACGCAGCAGGAGCAGGAGCAGAAGCAGAAGCAGGAGUUCCUCUCGAUCCAGGAGCAGGGGUAAAAAGAGAUCAAGCAGCAGAGGRAAAAAUAGUGAAACUCCCAAAACAAAGUGA